AUGGCGGCCUCAGGAAGGGGAGCACGGGUCUUCAAAGGCUCAUUAAUCUCAAACCCCAGCAGCAUCUGCUCAAGAUGCGCAACCACCUACACAAGAACCCCCGGCCGGUUAUACUCCUCGACGGCGAGCACCACGACCACCGGUGCAGCCUCUGAACAGCCGCCGACGCCCUCGCCGGGCGCCUACGACAUCCGCUCCGGCCUCAUCCUCACCCGUCCCCCCCUCCUCACCCGGACGCUGCACCCGUUCGAGAACGCCUUCUUCUUCUACCAGAAGCGCCUCGAGGAGCGCCUCAACACCCCCUUCGUCACAAACGUCUACUUCAAGCCCGACACCGCCCGCCGCAUAGACUGGGACCUGAAAGUCAAGGAGCGCCAGGGCACCGUCGCCAAGGAGCUGGGAGUGUACCACGGCAAGAGCGCCGCGGCCUGGGACGACGAGCUGAAGGUGGGCGACGGGCUGAGCUCCCAGGAGAGCAUCGUCGGUGCCAUCCUCAAGGACGCCGAGGCGCGCGUGUCGGACGACGCCGAGAUCAUCCCCGCGGCCGACGUCCAGCCCGUCGAGCCGCCGAAUGAGCGGCUAUCCGAGGCGGACAAGAAGGCCGAUGUCAAGAGGCUGGACCGCGCGAUGGACAGGACCCUCUAUCUGGUCGUCAAGGGCAAGGACGGCUGGUCCUUCCCGGCCGAUGUCAUCCCCGAUGGCGAGAAUCUGCACCAGUGCGCCCAAAGAGUCCUCGACCAAGCUGCCGGGGUCAACAUGAACACCUGGAUUGUUGGCCGUGUCCCUGUUGCCCACACGGUCAAGGAGCCCGUCCGUGACGCAAGCGGUGGUGUCAAGAGCAAAGGAGAGAAGACAUUCUUCCUCAAGGGACGCAUCAUGGCUGGCCAGGCGGAUCUCAAGGACAACCCAUUCGGCUACACCGACUUCAAAUGGCUAACGAGGGAAGAGCUGGAGAAGGAGUUAUCGCCCCAAGUCUUCAAGGGUGUACGCAACAUGAUGUCGGAUAGGUAG